GCUCCGCGCGCGCCGCGCGAGCCCCCGGCACCGGCACCGGCACCGCGCGGGGCCCGGGACCACCCGGGACAGCACCGGGACAGCCCCCGGGACCACCGAACCCACCCCCGGUACCGGCACCGGGAGCACCAAGAGCCCCCGGGACCCCCGAGCCCACCCCCGGUACCGGCACCGGGACCCCCGGAGCCAGCCCGGUACCGCCGGGACCACCGAGCCCCCAGGACACCGAACCGAGCACCAGGUGAGGACCCCCUCCCCCCGGCACCGGGACCCCCGAGCCCCGGGACCGGCAUCCCUGGGUGGCACCGACCCCCGGGACCCCCGAACCUCGACCCUUGGGGACCGAGACCAGGGACCCCCCCAGAACCACCAAGACCCCCCGGGAAUCCCGAAACCCCCCACGGGAACGGACACUCGCUCCUCUCGUUACCAAUUAAGGCUCCGCGCGCGCCGCGCGAGCCCCCGGCACCGGCACCGGCACCGCGCGGGGCCCGGGACCACCCGGGACAGCACCGGGACAGCCCCCGGGACCACCGAACCCACCCCCGGUACCGGCACCGGGAGCACCAAGAGCCCCCGGGACCCCCGGAGCCAGCCCGGUACCGCCGGGACCACCGAGCCCCCAGGACACCGAACCGAGCACCAGGUGAGGACCCCCUCCCCCCGGCACCGGGACCCCCGAGCCCCGGGACCGGCAUCCCUGGGUGGCACCGACCCCCGGGACCCCCGAACCUCGACCCUUGGGGACCGAGACCAGGGACCCCCCCAGAACCACCAAGACCCCCCGGGAACCCCGAAACCCCCACGGGAACGGACCCCAGCCCCCCAGGACCCCCCAAAACCCCCCGAGGACCGACCCCAGACCCCCUGGUGUCCCCGGGUGUCCCCGGCCUGA